CGUAGUGUGGUGUGCGUCACGGUCUGCGCCGCCCGCGGGGCCAGGAGAGGGCAGAACUUCCGCCUCGGCUGGGGUGGGCGGAUUCACCCGUAGAGGAGGUGGUGACUGUCAUGUCGAACUCGCGGUCCAGGUCCCGCCGAGACCCCGGGGGUGGCGCCGGGGCAGCCGGCCGGGACGAGCUAGUGUCGCGGUCCUUGCAGAGCGCAGAGCACUGUCUGGGCGCCCAGGACUUCGGCACUGCCUAUGCCCACUAUCUCCUCGUGCUCAGUCUGGCGCCGGAGCUGAAAGAUGAAGUGAAGGAAACUUUUCAGUACACGCUUUUCAGAUGGGCUGAAGAGCUCGAUGCUCUCAAUCGGAUACAAGACUUACUUGGUUGCUAUGAGCAGGCCUUGGAACUGUUUCCUGAUGACGAAGUGAUUUGCAAUAGUAUGGGGGAGCAUCUCUUUAGAAUGGGCUUUAGGGAUGAAGCAGCUGGGUAUUUUCAUAAAGCAGUGAAGCUAAACCCUGAUUUCAGUGAUGCAAAGGAGAAUUUUUAUCGUGUUGCAAACUGGUUGGUGGAACGCUGGCACUUUAUCAUGCUUAAUGACACCAAGAGGAAUAUGAUUUAUAAUGCAGCCAUCCAAAAGGCGGUUCGUUUGGGGUCCAAAAGUGUCUUGGACAUAGGAGCAGGAACUGGAAUACUAAGCAUGUUUGCUAAAAAAGCUGGAGCACAUUCUGUGUAUGCCUGUGAGUUAUCCAAGACCAUGUAUGAACUUGCCUGUGAUGUAAUGGCAGCAAACAAGAUGGAAGCAGGGAUCAAACUCUUACAUAUGAAGUCACUUGACAUAGAGAUUCCGAAACAUAUUCCUGAAAGAGUGUCCCUAGUUGUAACAGAAACUGUCGAUGCAGGUUUAUUUGGAGAAGGAAUUGUGGAGAGUUUGAUUCAUGCAUGGGAGCAUUUACUUUUACAGCCAAAGACCAAAGGUGAAAGUGGUAAUUGUGAAAAGUAUGGGAAAGUUAUACCAGCAAGUGCUGUUGUAUUUGGGAUGGCAGUAGAAUGUGCAGAGAUAAGAAGACAUCAUAGAGUGGGUAUUAAGGACAUUGCUGGUAUACAUUUGCCAACAAAUGUGAAAUUUCAGAGUCUGGCUUAUUCUUCUGUAGAUACUGAAGAAACAACUGAACCUUAUACAACUGAAAAGAUGAAUCAAGUUCCUGGAGGAUAUUUGGCUUUGACAGAGUGCUUUGAAAUUAUGACAGUAGAUUUCAACAACCUUCAGGAAUUAAAAAGUCUUGCAUCUAAAAGGCCUGAUAAGAUUGGUAUUCCUGUUAUUAAAGAAGGCACACUAGAUGCUAUUAUGGUUUGGUUUGUGCUCCAGCUUGAUGAUGAACAUAGUUUAUCCACCAGUCCUAGUGAGGAAACAUGUUGGGAACAGGCUGUCUACCCCAUACAGGACCUGGCAGACUAUGGGAUAAAGCCUGGAGACCAUGUGAUGAUGGAAGUGUCUUGUCAAGACUGUUACUUAAGAAUCCAGAGUAUUAGUGUCUUGGGUUUGGAAUGUGAAAUGGAUGUUGCAAAAAGUUUUACCCAGAAUAAAGACUUGUUAUCAUCAGGAAAUGAGGCUGAACUUUGUAAUGCCCUCGCUAACCUUCAAACCAGUAAACCAGAUGCUGUAGAGCAGACGUGUGUAUUGGAAUCUACAGAAAUUGCUUUGCUAAACAACAUUCCAUAUCAUGAAGGCUUUAAAAUGGCAAUGAGGAAAGUUUUGUCUUCACUGACUCCAGAGAAACCGUGCCAGACCAUGGAUACUCACUGUCAGAAUAAUGAGAUGAGCUCUGGAACAGGGCAGAGUAAUACUGUACAGAGCAUCCUUGAACCUUUCUAUGUGUUAGAUGUGUCUGAAGGCUUCUCUAUUCUGCCUAUUAUUGCUGGCACACUUGGGCAGGUUAAACCAUACAGCUCUGUGGAGAAAGACCAGCAUCGGAUUGCUCUGGACCUCAUAUCUGAAGCCAAUCACUUUCCUAAAGAAACACUUGAAUUUUGGCUGACACAUGUGGAGGAUGAAUCUGCUAUGUUACAAAGGCCAAAAUCAGACAAGUUAUGGAGCAUAAUUAUAUUGGAUGUCAUUGAGCCAUCUGGGCUCAUUCAGCAGGAAAUAAUGGAAAAAGCUGCAAUAUCCAGGUGUUUACUACAAUCUGGAGGCAAGAUCUUUCCUCAGUAUGUGCUGAUGUUUGGGUUGCUUGUGGAAUCACAGACACUCCUAGAGGAGAAUGCUGUUCAAGGAACAGAACGUACUCUUGGAUUAAAUAUAGCACCUUUUAUUAACCAGUUUCAGGUACCUAUACGUGUAUUUUUGGACCUGUCCUCAUUGCCCUGUAUACCUUUAAGCAAGCCAGUGGAACUCUUAAGACUAGAUUUAAUGACUCCAUAUUUGAACACCUCUAACAGAGAAGUAAAGGUACACAUUUGUAAAUCUGGAAGAGUGACGGCUGUUCCAUUUUGGUAUCAUAUGUACCUUGAUGAAGAGAUUUGCUUGGAUACUUCAAGUCAAGCCUCCCACUGGAAACAAGCUGCAGUUGUUUUAGAUAAUCCCAUCCAGGUUGAGAUGGGAGAGGAACUUGUACUCAGCGUUCAGCACCACAAAAGCAAUGUCAGCAUCACAGUAAAGCAAUGAAGAGCAGUUUUUCAAUGAAAACUUUAAAUACAGCAUCAAGUACAAAAAUUCUUGUCUUAAUUACUGGGAGUAUAUAAAAAUUCCUUGUAAUGGUCAAAUAUUUUUAAAAAUUAACAUUAAUAAAGCAUAUUUUAAAAGAUCCUAAAGAGUAGCAUUAUUAUAGAAAUACUGCUGCAGACUAGCUUUCUAGAAAAGGAUACAUCACUAGUUUUUUGAAUUAGGAAACUUAUUUUGCUUGAUAUUAUGGAAUAAGGAUUUUAAUAGUCUCAUUGUUAUUGUCAUGUGUCAGUAAGUAAAGCAAAACUUUAAAUUUGUAGGCAUCUUGGCCUUUUUUCUUAAAUCCAAACUUGCAAUUGGGAAACACUGAAAGGCUUCCACUGAAGACUGAGGGUUAUGGUUAACUGUAAAUUUUGAUCUUGCUUCCUUUAAAUACUCAGUGUACAUCUGAAACAUCUCAAGUUGUUUUGAGAAUGCAAACUUGAAUAAGAAUUUAAGCUAUAAGCUAAAUGUAAUUAGAACAGUAAAGGUGUCAGGGAAUAAAUCUUCAGGAGGCAGCAUUUUUCUUGGUCUACUUUGGCAAAAGAACAUUUAAAAGCUGGUAACAAAGCAAAAUUAAAUUGAAGAAAAUUAAUCCUAAACUAUUUUUCAAAGUUUUGAUUUGGAUGCACAGUAAGUAUAUUAAUUGAUCCAAUUUUUAUAGACUUGAAAUAAAGGAAGAUUAUUAUCAUGCCUCCU